AUGUCGAUAGAUACAUUCGUUUGUUUGUCGCUGCUGCUUGCAGUGGUUCUUCCAAGUGUAACCGUCCUAGGCGACACGGCUUUGCCAUGUGGUGCUGAUUGUAAACCGCCAAAUUGCCGUUGUUCGGGACUCACAAUUCCCGGUGGCCUUCAACCUAAUAACACACCCCAGUUUGUGUUGUUGACAUUCGACGAUGCUGUAACCGUGUUCAAUAUUCCGUACUAUCGGGAGGUGUUCAACAAACGAGUUAACAAGGAUUCCUGUCCUGUUUCUGGAACAUUUUUCGUUUCUCACGAAUAUACUGACUAUAGUUUAGUGAAUGAGUUAUACUCGGCAGGGCAUGAAAUUGCGCUUCACUCGGUGUCACACAACACCGAUACUAAGUACUGGCGUGAAGCAUCGGUGGAACUGUUGACCGAGGAGUUUGCCGGUGAACGGGAAAUGAUGGAGAAUUUUGCUAAAAUUCCAGUUGAUCAAAUCAAAGGCUUACGAAUGCCGUUCCUGCAAAUGGCCGGUAACAAUUCCUUUCAGAUGAUGAAGGAUAGUAACUUUACCUACGAUUGUUCGAUGCCAACCAGAAAAUUCGUGUCGCCUGGUUUGUGGCCAUACACACUUGAUUACCAAAGCACGCAGGACUGCGUAAUUGGUCCUUGCCCUUCAGAUAGUUACCCAGGUGUCUGGGUGAUUCCAAUGAUUACAUGGACCACCAAGGAUGGAUUUCCCUGUGCAAUGGUCGAUACAUGUUUGGGAAUGCCAAACACCACCGAUGAGCUGUUCGAGUACUUCAAAAAGAAUUUCGAGAAAUCUUAUCUAGGAAACAAAGCUCCACUUGGAUUCUACGUGCAUGCUGCUUGGUUCACGCUGAACGAAGUGCACUUUGAAGCUUACAGAAAAUUUGUGGAUUACCUUCAAUCGCUCAAUGAUGUAUUCUUGGUUGGUGCAUCUACUGUAAUAGAGUGGAUCAAGAAUCCUGUUCCUCUGUCACAGAUGAACGAUGACAAUUGGUCAAAAUGUCGUAAACCUGUUCAGCCAAAUUGCAAACCUGUUUCUUGUGAACUGUGUAAAAAAGAAGGCAACCAGUACGUAACCCGUUGGAUGAAACUGUGCGAUGCCAAGUGUCCCAGCUCGUACCCAUGGUUAGAGAAUUAUUUGGGUAUGCAGGAUUACGCGAAUAACUGUAAACAAUAG